AUGGGAGACCGCAAAUUAAAAAUUAGAGAGAUAGCCGAGAUUAUAGGCAUCUCCUAUGAACGAACUCAAAACAUCAUUGUCAACGAGUUGGGUUUCCACAAGGUGUCUGCGAGGUGGCUUCCGCGACUGCUUUCAGUUGAACAAAAAAGGACGCGAUUGACUAUUUCACGCGACUGUUUGCAGUUAUUUGAAGCCGAUGCAGAUGAUUUUUUGAAUCGUUUUGUUACUAUGAACGAAACAUGGGUUCAUUACUGUACACUGGAAACAAAACAACAAUCAAAACAUUGGAGAAGACCUGGUUCACCACCCCCUAAAAAGGCUAAGUCCAUUUUGUCGGCAAAUAAGGUGAUGGCUUCAGUAUUCUGGGACUCGAAAGGUGUGAUUAUGAUUGAUUAUCUUGAAAGGGAUCAGAAUAUAAACUCUGAUUACUACUGCACCUUACUACGUCGUUUACGAGAGGAAAUUAAAGAAAAACGUCGAGGAAUGCUCAGAAGAAAAGUCCUGUUUCAUCAAGAUAACGCCCGUGUUCACACGUCAGUACAGUCAAUGGCUGAAAUUCACAACUGUGGCUUUGAACUGUUACCGCAUCCGCCGUAUUCACAGACGUAUGUAGACGCAUAUUUUGACUCUAAGGAAGAAUCAUUUUUUUUUCAACGGUCUAAAUGCUUGGAAGGGGAGGUGGCAAAAGUGUAUUGA